AUGGCAUUUGAUGUUUAUCCAAACCCUAGAUCUGUCCCCCUUUUAGCUUUUUGNUUCCAAUUAGAAGGAGUUUUGAUGCUAUCUCUGCCAGUGAGUUAUUGUUCUUAUUAUGGGAAGAAGUUUGACCCCGAGCCAGGAAGAUGUAGAAGAACUGAUGGAAAGAAAUGGAGGUGCUCCAAAGAUGCACAUCCUGACUCAAAAUAUUGUGAGCGGCACAUGCAUCGAGGCCGUAACCGUUCAAGAAAGCCUGUGGAAUCUCAAUCUACUUCCCAGUCCUUGUCGACUAGUAUGUCACAUAUUACUACUGGGAGCAGCAAUAGAAGUGGAAGUUUUCAAAGUAAUAGCAGUGGAAACUUCCAUAACAUGCCAUUAUAUUCCGUUGCUAAUUCAGAUGGACUGAGUUAUGGAAGCACUGCAACAAAGCUACAGAUGGAGCCUGUCUCUUAUGGGAUAAAUAACAAGGAGUAUAGGUAUCUCCAGGGAAUGGUUCCUGAUGCUGAGGGCUCAUCAGAAGUUUCCGCGAGUGUGAGAAAUCUAGGGAUGGGUUCUAACACAGACAACAUAUGGCGUCCACCUCAUCCAUUCGAGCCUGUAACUAACGCAACAAUUGCAAAACAGCAACCCCAACAUUGCUUCUUUGGCAAUGACAUAGAUCCACCUGUAAAGCAGGAGCCGCAUCCAAUGCGCUCGUUCUUUGACGAGUGGCCUACAUCCAAAGAAUCAUGGUCCAAUCUUGAUGAUGGAUCCAGCAAAAAUAAUUUCUCCACCACACAGCUCUCCAUAUCCAUUCCAAAUGUUCAUUCUGGAUUCUCUUCAACGAGUACACGUUCCCCUAAAUGAUGCUUGAGGAAGCUGGCGCUGGACUCUUAACUCUAAGGAGUCUGAGGUGCUGAGGGGAGGAAUGGUUGUCGUUGUGCUAAGUGACCUCUGUUUGUAUGAGUUACAUGCACUUUUUAUAUUACUGGUACAUUUAGUCCUUGCAUGUGUUUUUAUUUGUGCUUCAAAUUCGAUACUCUUUUAGGCAAAAACUAGAUGGCUUAUAAGGCAACUGCAACUCAAGUUUGCCAUAAAAAAUAAUGUAUUUAUUCAAGUCAGUUUCUGGGUGAGAUGAUCAGUUUGUGGUUUCUUGCUAUGAGAUAUCAACCCAUUUUAUGGUUGGAAA